GUCUCACCAUAGAGCACGCCGCGCACCGAUUACUAUCACUAUAUAUAUGCCAGUUAACAACACUUCAGCCGCCCCUUUCCUUUCACUCCGACGCGAAGACUUCGGUUUAGUUUGACCACGUCGCUUAUCCAGCCUCCCGCGGUGUUUUAUUCAACCUAAGAGCUUCAUAAGCUGCUUUGGCUAAGAAAAGCGCGUUUGUUGUGCGUGUGAAGGCAGCUCAGUUUCUCAGCAAUGGCGACAGCUGCGGUAUCUGCCCCUGCUGGCGGCGGCCCGAACCCCGGAUCCGGUGCCGAGAUGGUCCGCGGUCAGGCUUUCGACGUCGGGCCGCGCUACAGCAACCUCUCGUACAUCGGAGAAGGCGCUUACGGAAUGGUUUGCUCGGCGUAUGACCGUGAUAAUAAAGUGCGUGUGGCGAUAAAGAAAAUCAGUCCGUUUGAGCACCAGACGUACUGUCAGCGCACACUUCGCGAGAUUAAAAUCCUGCUCCGCUUCAAGCACGAGAACAUCAUCGGCAUCAACGACAUCAUCCGCACCCCCUCCAUCGACCAGAUGAAAGAUGUCUACAUUGUGCAGGAUCUAAUGGAGACAGACUUGUACAAGCUGUUGAAGACACAGCACUUGAGCAAUGACCACAUCUGUUACUUCCUGUACCAGAUCCUACGUGGCCUGAAGUAUAUCCACUCGGCAAACGUUCUCCACAGAGACCUGAAGCCUUCUAACCUGUUGCUCAACACUACUUGCGACCUCAAGAUCUGUGAUUUUGGGCUCGCCCGGGUUGCCGAUCCAGACCAUGACCACACUGGCUUCCUGACGGAGUACGUAGCCACACGUUGGUACCGCGCACCAGAGAUUAUGCUCAAUUCUAAGGGUUACACUAAGUCCAUUGAUAUAUGGUCGGUUGGUUGUAUUCUGGCUGAGAUGCUUUCGAAUAGACCCAUCUUCCCUGGCAAACACUAUCUGGACCAGCUUAACCACAUCUUAGGUAUUUUGGGCUCUCCCUCUCAGGAGGAUCUCAACUGCAUUAUCAACAUUAAGGCAAGAAAUUACCUGCUGUCACUUCCUCUCCGCUGCAAAGUGCCCUGGAACCGCCUGUUUCCUAACGCAGACCCUAAAGCAUUGGACCUGUUGGAUAAGAUGUUGACCUUUAACCCUCAUAAGAGGAUUGAGGUGGAGGAGGCGCUGGCUCACCCGUACCUGGAACAGUACUAUGACCCCACAGAUGAGCCUGUUGCUGAGGCUCCGUUUAAGUUCGAUAUGGAGCUGGAUGACUUGCCCAAAGAGACUUUGAAAGAGCUGAUCUUUGAAGAAACUGCACGCUUCCAACCAGGCUACAGACCAUAGCCUAUUGCACAGGUGUUGGUCUGGAUUUGAUCAUGCUGAUGCUUCUGUCUCCACUCCACUGUGCGCUGCGCUCCUCUUUUGGUCUUCAUCACCAUCAUCAUCAUCGUUAUCUCCUCCUCCUAAACCCCAAAACUACAGACAGCCCUGAAAGUUCAUCUGACCCCGGCUGAAAACAUGAACUCCUGCGGCCUCCUUCUCUCUUCAGUCUCAUUGCAAUGGAAGUGCAGAGCUUCUCUCAAACUCACACUCACACUCUCUCUCUCUUCCUGCCAGCCUGUGUGAAAGUUUGCCUGCGUGUUUGUGGACAACGCCUCGUCAAGGUUUUUGAUUCCGAGUAACGCUUUUUCCCUCAGUCCUCUAAUACACUUAAGUGAAAAAAAGAA